AUGGCUACCAAGAAGGAUAACUCACAGAGCUUGCGGGUUCAUUUCGGGGGGCUGGAUGACGAGUACGAGGUAACGAAGCAGCUGGGAGAGGGAGCGUACGGCGUGGUAGCAGCAGCAAGACACAAGGCCACCAACACCAAAGUUGCCAUCAAGAAGAUCAAGGAUGCCGUGGAGGACAAGGACCAGGGGAAGCUGCUGCUGCGAGAACUGAAACUUUUGCGCCACUUCCGCGGCCACGAGAACAUAAUCUGCAUCAAGGACAUCAUCGAGAGACCGGAAGGCAAGAGCAAGUUCAAGGACAUCUUCAUAGUCACCGACCUGAUGGAUACUGACCUGCACAAGAUCAUCCGGUCCUCCCAGCCCCUGUCGGAUGAUCAUGUACGAUACUUCGUCUACCAGAUCGUGCGAGGGCUCAAGUUCAUUCACUCUGCCAACGUGAUGCAUCGCGACCUGAAGCCGAACAACCUCCUUGUCAACGCCAACUGCGAUCUCAAGAUCUGCGACCUCGGCCUCGCACGCCUCUCUGCCGAGCUGGAAAACUCCUUCUCCAUGACAGUCUAUGUGGUCACCCGAUGGUACCGCGCCCCUGAGCUCCUGCUGGGGAAGCGAGAUUACGACAAGUCCAUCGACAUGUGGGCUGUUGGGUGCAUCCUAGCAGAGCUGCUCGGACGAAAGGCUCUGUUUCCCGGAAGAGACUACGUGGACAUGCUCAAACGGCAGAUCGCUAAGAUAGGAAAUCCCCCCAUUGAGGAUCAGCAACACGUCUCUGAGAAGGCGAAGAAUUUUCUUGCAGGUUUUCCCAAGGAAACUCCACCGGGAUGGAAGCACGAGUUCCCUAACGCCUCCUCUCAAGCUCUCGACCUCCUCGACAGUCUCCUCCAAUUUAACCCGAGAAAACGGCUGACAGCAGCACAGGCAUUGUCACAUCCUUACAUGGCAGAACUGCACGAUCCUACCGACGAGCCCGAAUGCGACCAGGUUGGAGUUCGACUUUGA